AUUACUAUUACAAUAUGAGGGCACUAUUACAAUCUAGGGUACCUCCUGUUGUUGAGCCAUCACCCAACCCACCAACACCAUUAGCAAACACAGUUUUAGAUAUGAUCCUACGGCCUUUGAAUACGAAUAUUGAAACAGGACCUGAAAGAUCUCAAUUUAUUUCCCUUCGGAGGUUAGCAUUAUGUCAUCUUUGUGAAUCAUUCUUGAGGACAGCUUUCACAGAGCAGGUAGCUCAUUUCAUUUUGCCGGCACUCUGUGAGAAGAGAACAAAUUUCCCAGUUGUUGAGCUCCUAGAGUCUCUGCUUCCAAGUGACCUCAUGGAAAUUAAUCAGAACUCACAGCAAGGUCUUAAUCAGAUGGAAGUUGAGCCAUCACCAUGGUUAUUGUUUUCAGUACUGUCAUUAGGAACACCGAUUAUAAGUGAGUUUGUUAAGUUGAUAUUGCAG